AUGAAAGCGUUCAAAAAUAGACCAGACGAAGAGAUAAAUGAUCUGAAGGAUAAUGUUGCCGAAUCAUUUGCACUUCAUGUUCUGGGACAGAGUUCAGUGAAAUUCAGAUGGAUUCGAAGUGCAUUUGCAUUGGCGUCGUUGAUGGAUGAGGAUAUGACUGCGGAAUUAUGUGGAACUGAUAUCAUUCUGAACAAAUACCAAUUUCUUCAUUACCUAAGACGUGCUCGUAUCUCCAUAGAGCGUAUCACAGACGACACAAAGUAUUCUUAUGAAGUUUUACCCACAGAGAAAGAUGUUCUAAAUACAAUUAUUACUGUGGAUUUGACCUCGAAAUGGGGAUUUCCUGCACCUGUCAUUUGGAAUAUAACUGCGAAAUAUUCGAAAAUAGUGGUGAGCGGUGGUUGUAUGGAUCAUGGCAGAGUGAAUCAUAAGUACACACAAUCAGAAGUGCGAAGAGAAACAUUAGAGAAUUUCCAACGGAAUAAUGGACACGUGGCUUUCCGGAACCUGACGGACCUUUUGUUGCAAGAUCCGUCAAGAGUUCGAGAAGAAGCGACUGAUAAGAUACCGAGUUUAUGGCUAGAAGAACUCGAUGAUAACCCGGGAUUCUUGAAUAUUACAGUUUGUGAAUACAAUAAUGUGGAUCCGAGUAUAAGGACUAAAAAUCAAUUUCUGUCGUGGUACAAACGAUUCGGUCAAAUGUGGCAUCCGAAAGAAAAUGACACAGAUUAUAUGAGAAUUCAGCCGUUGAAUGUUCAGAAAGCGAAAUCAACUUUCAGAAUAACAAUGAGACUUCAACCCGGGAAGAGAGACAAUGCGACUUUCGAUUUCGAUUUCAAAGUGACUAUAGAUGUCAACCAACACGGAGACCUCAAAGUGUAUAUAACUCGUCUGGAAGUGCUCUGUAAUCCAAUGAUUGAUUAUAUGGAUGAAUCACUGAAAGCUAUUCGGGAAGUUGUCACAGAGAACUUUCUCAAGUCAAUUCGCACUAUAUCUCCUCCCAUUCCACGGUAUUCAUCAGUUGAAUUCAUCAGCAAGUUCUCUAAUAACAAAUCGAUUGAAGUGAGUAUUUGUGAUGUUGGAGAGCAGACUGAUCUCAGACACAAUGGAUCAGUUCUAUUACAUUCAUAA